GGGCUCCUCCUGGUGAGGGUGGGGACCCCGGCGGUGGCGCGGGCGGCAGCGGGACCCCUGGGCGUGCGCAGCAGUGUCUGGGGCGCCAGGACGCCUCCGCGCGGUGGGGUUGGCGUUGGCGCUGGACGGCCGGCGCUGAAUGGUGGUGAGCUGCUGUGGCCUUGACCUUCCCAGGGAGCAGAUGGAGUGGGCCGGUGACCACUAGCCGGAAGGGCAGCAGCUGCGAGGACCCCAGAACCCCAGCAGCUGCCACCGGUGGGAAAGACGACCUGGACACCCGAGCAAGAAUAUCAUCGUCCGUCCACUCAGACCCUGUUCUUUGAUUUUACUGUGCUGAUAUUUGAAAGGCUGAAAGACUUCUCAUCUUCUGCUACUGACUGAAUCUUGACACUUUCAUGCUAAAUGGCGUGUAAUGAUUGCUUUAGUUUGAGCUAUCCCGGUAACCCCCAGCCAGGGGACUUGAUUGAAGUGUUUCGUUCUGGCUAUCAGCACUGGGCACUGUACCUGGGUGAUGGUUAUGUUAUCAACAUAGCACCUCUAGAGGAUGGUGUUUCUGCAGCAUUUACCAGCGCCAAGUCCAUAUUUAGCAGGAAGGCCCUAGUGAAGAUGCAGCUCCUGAAGGAUGUUGUGGGAAACGACACAUAUAGAAUAAACAAUAAAUAUGAUGAAACUUAUCCUCCUCUCCCUGUGGAGGAAGUCAUACAGCGCUCAGAGAUUGUUAUUGGAGAGGAGGUGGAUUAUGACAUACUUGUCAACAACUGCGAGCAUUUUGUGACUCUGCUUCGCUAUGGAGAAGGAAUUUCAGAGCAGGCCAACCAAGCAAUAAGUACCAUUGGGUUUGUGACCGCUGCUGCUGGUGCCUUCUCACUCCUGGGAUUGUUUCCAAAAAGACAAAGAGCAAAAUACUGUUAACAAUUUACUGAAGAAAUAUUGGAACUGAAGGAAUUUGUGAGGAGGGGAAAAAAACUAGGAUGAAUCCUUAUUUUCAAUGCAUCAUUAUUGCUGCAAAUUCUGGUGAUGGAUGGCAGGCUCUUUAAUAAAUUGCUUACUGGUGUUAUCUCA